AUGGAUGGCGACAGCGGUGCGUUGCUGCCGCAGCUGGAAGGGCCGGCGCGGUUUGCGGCGUUUGUGGCCAUGGGCUUGCUGACAGGCGCCAUCAUCACGUGCAUCUCCCGGCUGUUGUUUGGCCGAUGCAUCCUCUCCUCCAGCGGUGACGAGUGCAGCGACGACCCCAUCCAGCAUGGGCCCAGCGGUGACGGUAGUGAUGCGCAGCAAGCCCAGCAAGCCCAGCAAGAUAGCACGCGCAGCAACCUGGCAAGCACAGCAAGCAGCCUGCCCAGUGCGAUGGCAUCAAAGUGUGAGCACCUUGAGGGAGGGGAGACGGGGAAGGCAGGGAAGCACAUAGCAGCCACCCCAACACUGACAGCGUGCUCGCCCACUCAUGACCACUACUUCCACGAGCAGUUUCAAGAGCACUCGCUCCAUCGCCGUCGCUCGGUGGCAGCAGCAGCUGUCACAGCAGGAGCGAUCAAGACCCGCAGUCGCACCGCAGCUGCCUCGCCUGUUGCUCUCUGGUCCAAGGCCUCUGUGCCGAGGAGAAGCACAGACGUGGUGGCAAGCCAUGACAGCAAUGCCACAUAUCUCAUCCCUCUGUUUCGUUCCACUCGCCAUUAA